AAAAUAAUAUCUUGUGUUUCCUGAAUUAGUUAUGGCAACAGUAGCAGAAGGUUAACGUUUAUAGAAAUAACGUUUUUUUUUCAUUAGUUUAGAAGUUCAAUUAUAUGUCAAUUCGCAUGAGACCGCAUCUUGUGUAGAACUACAGGUUGACUGCUUGAAAAGUUAUAACGGUAGCCAGCAAUGAGUUUGAACGAACACUCUUUGCAAGCUCUGUCAUGGAGAAAACUUUACUUGAGUCGAGCAAAGCUGAAGGCUACGAGCAGAACUUCAGCUCUCCUGUCGGGUUUCGCGAUGGUGGCUAUGGUGGAGGUGCAGCUGGAGCCAGAUCAUGUGUAUCCCCCAGGGCUGCUGAUAGCCUUCAGCGCCUGCACCACUGUCCUAGUGGCAGUGCACCUCUUCGCCCUGAUGAUCAGCACCUGUAUCCUGCCAAACCUGGAGGCCGUCAGCAACGUUCACAACUUGAACUCGGUCAACGAGUCACCCCAUGAGCGCAUGCACCGCCACAUUGAGCUGGCCUGGGCUUUCUCCACUGUUAUUGGUACCCUGCUCUUCCUGACCGAGGUGGUUCUGCUGUGCUGGGUCAAGUUCCUGCCCCUCAGGCGCCCAACUGAUAAUGGCACCAUCAGUUCUGGUGAGGCGGCAGCCAUUGCCUCCACCUCCAUCAUGGUGCCAUUUGGAUUGGUGUUUAUCGUCUUCGCUGUGCACUUCUACCGCUCUCUGGUCAGUCACAAAACUGACCGUCAGUUUCAGGAGCUGGAGGAGCUGUCCAAUAUCACCCGGCUGCAGAACCAGCUGGACCACAGGGCAGAGACGACCAGUCUGCAGCCCUCCUCUGUCCACUUCCCCUAACGGGAAUUAGACAGCUGUAAGAAAUCUAUAAUGAAGCUUUUUUUUUAUCUAUUUGCAUGAGCACCAUGAGAAAGGAUACUUUAUAUAGUACUAUAUCAUUUCUACAGAUGUUUUGUAUUGGGAUUUGGACUACUCUAGGCCUUUUCUAUUUGCUAAAAUGGUUGUGGAGAGGUCAGGAGAAUUUGCUUUGUAUUGUUCAUUCGAUUGGACUCAAGCAACUUUUUUAUUUUAUUACUUUGCUGCAUGUCUAUUGUCUUCCUUAUGUGUUCAGAAACAGAUCUGAAUGUGAGUGUGAAAUUUGUAGUUGAAUAUGUUUGGAUAUCUUCAUUAAAUAGAUGAUAUUUGUAUUUAUAUCACAAAGUUUUGUCUAUGGCGGCUGGGGAACACUAAAAGUGUGGGAUGAACAUUUUGUGAAGUAGCUAGAAUUAUUAAUUUACAAAUGAUAACCGGCCAAUUUCCAUGAAAGUAAAACUCCUCAGGAGAGUAUAACAUGUAUUAACUGCUGUAAUAGUUAUGGUGCAAGAGAAGUGCAGAAUUUCAGAUAUUUUUUAGUCAGGUGAUCUGUCCAUCAGGUUUGGAAUAUUUAUAUUUAAACUUUUUUAACUCAACAUUAUUGAUAAUUAAAGAUUGCUCUGAUGGUUUUUUGAUAAUUUAAUGCAUUUUAAGCACACUCCUCAUACUGUUGUUACAUGAUAGGUGAACUCUUACACUGUGGUUGUGAAAAUAUUAGGCUGAAAUUUUGUUCUCAACAUAAUGUACUUCCUUUUAACAAUACUGUAAAGCACUGAUUGUUUUGCAUUUAUGUGAAGUCACAAGUAGCUACUUCUAAAUUAAUUUAAAUGGAGGCAAAACUUCAGAUCUUUAUCGUCAACCUUUGAAUGUGAUCCAAGUACACAUAUUACUUUAAUAAAAUAAUGGCAUGAUUAUUUGUGUUUUUUUAUUUUAUUUUAUGCGUCAGUAUAUUUGAUGAUGGUUGACGCCUUUUUUAAAACAUCCCCUUUAAAUGCCAUUUGAUGUUUUUAAGAUGUUCUGUUUGAGGGCUUAUUAAGUCCCACUUAAUGAUGUUUACUCUGACUAUACUGCCUUGUGUCUGUUGCCAAAUCCAAGGGGUUGAAUAGUUUUAUAGUCGUAUACUGUAAAUCUGUUACAAUGUACUGAGUCUCCCAAAAGGUAAGUGAAUUGGAUUGAGAAUGCCUAAUAAAGAGGUUAUCAUUAACAUUUCUGAAAUACAUUAUACAUAUUUUGUAUGUCAUAUCUGAUUACAUUCAUUGUCAUUAGAAGGACUGGAGUUAUUAUGCAUAACAACCCUAAGCGUACGGAAGAAUGAAUUCUACAAGCUAAUCCAGAUUUAUGUUGCUUCAUUUAAUCAUUUUUUUUUUAGUUUUUUUUUUUUUACAUCUAUGAGAUGUACUAUGUGAAUUACUGUUUGAGUCAACCUUCUCUUUUGUAUAAAUUAAAAGAUUUGGAUACAUCAAAAUUAAAAAUACAAUGGAACCUUCAA